CACUAAAUCAGCAAUCUGCGUACUAACUUGCAUCGGUUCCAUGGAGUCCCGACCCGCCCUCCUUCACACCCCAGGAAACAAUGCAUGCUGGGAAACCGAGUCCAACCCUUCAGGCCAGCACAGAAAAGGAAACAUCUCACCUGAAACCAAGACAAAACUUGAGGAAAAGCAAUGCAAUGAAGCUAAAGAGGAGAAAUGCACCGGCCAUGUGAAAACACUAAAACACACUGCGUUAGCUAGCAAUGCAGAUCUCCACCCUGCGUCCAAAAUACCCACAAUGCACUCAACUACAACCAAACAGAUCACAAAUGCGAACAAAACAGCUUCAAAGCAACCGGCGAAAUCGAGCACUUCAGGAGUUGAGGUUUUAAGUUCAACGAGUGGUGCGAAACUGAAAUCCCCGAAUGCGAACCAUGAGAAGAAGCUACAAGCAAAACUGUUUCCCAAAAACAUCCAAAAGGCUCCGUCGACGUCCCACAUCAUGGGCUCCACAGAAUACCCACAAAAGAUGCUCCAAAAAACAGCGUCAGCCUCUCAGAUUUCCUCUACCGACUCUCCGAAAAGCCUCAAUCGAUUGUCUCUCUCGCACAUUCCCAAAGCCUCCUCCAGUCCCAAAAUUAAAGCAUCCAGUCCUACAUCUCUCAAAGUGGACAAAGCGGAGAGGAUUAAAAAAAUGGCGUCCAAAGAGACAGCAUCUCCGAAAGAUAAAACGAUUGACGCUGAGAGCAAACCAGGGGCCAAAACAGCAUUACGAGAAAGUCUUCUGGGACAACCUGAGAUAAAGAGCGGAGACAUUUCAUCUCUGGUAUUGCAUCGAGAAUCAAACCCAGAGCAGCCAAAAUCGCCGGAGGAUAAAGCUGAUGAAUAUGUCACAACCCAAGAGAGAAAGAUUGGAAAGAGUUUGUGGGAACAGAAGGAACCUGAAAGCAAGGAAUGCACAGUAAAGAAUGACAAUAUAGUGAAUAAUACUGCAUAUAAGUCUUCAACAUCCAAGAACCAAAAGGAUUCGGCGACAAUGACACUUUUUUCUAGCAUUGCAAUGAAGGACGCAGCAAUACAAACCGAUGUUAUUAGCAUUGAUGCUGAAAUCCAGGCAGUUGUGAAGCUGUGUAGCAAAGCUACAGAAAUGAGUCCUGUCCGCAACACUCAAACCAUUCGUUUGGACUCUGAUAAUAACCCUGAAGUCAAUCUGCGCAAUGAUCUCAACCCGGAUAGUAACUCUGACUCUGAUUGGUUGUCAAAUGGAGGCUUGAUGGACUCUACACCAAUUGGAGCCAAGCCUAGAUUUCUAGGCCCGCCUCCUUAUAAAUCUCCCAAUACCCAAAAGCCUCAUCAGCACGUGUGUCAAAUAGAGAUUGAACUUUGUAGCGAGUCGCCGCAGACGUUUGGUUUGAAUCCACCAGACGUGACCAUCAGUGAUGCGACUUAUCAAGCGGAAAAGACCUCCAUAAAAUGUCUAGGUAAAACAGGGGAAGUGGAUGGGCAAAAGGACAAGAGUGCUGCGCCUCAGCAGAUCGUCUGGGAUGAGCAGGGAAUGACGUGGGAAGUGUAUGGAGCAGCGCUGGACAUGGAGUCACUGGGAUUUGCCAUCCAGAGCCACCUCCAGUGUAAAAUCCGUGAACACGAGCGGCGCAUCGGGACGCUCCGGAAGUCCAUAUGUCUCUCCGAACAGUCGCCUGGAAAAGGGAGGACGGUAAAGAGGAAGAGGAACGUCUUUAGGUCACUGUUCGCUGGAUCUCACUGCUGCUCAAAACAACGUCCUGAUGAGGGAAUAGCAAAGUGACUGUCAUUUAUACAGUCAGAAUUAUUAGCCCCCCUGUAUAUUUUUUUUCCCAAUUUAUGUUUGAUCUCAUUGGAAAAAUGUGCCCAGGACACCAUUUUUGAGAACCGAGAAAUAUGUACCCUGGACUACCUGCCUAUUUCUGUCUGUCUCAAUGUCCCUUUCGCUCAAGUUCUUGGGACGGUAUUUUUUGUCUUGCAUGAUAUAUCGGCUUGAUAUCGACUGACCCACACACACCCCCUUCCCUAAACCCAACUGACCCAACCAUCGCGGCCACGUGCUUUCACCACGGUAUCACACUGCUCUUUUUUUGGGGUUUCGUUUUACCUGGUUUCUGGAACCAUCUUUUCUCCAUGCCCGCUCCACAUUCCAAGUCUGUCAUCAUUCAUAGUGAGUAGGGAUGCACCGAUACCAUUUUUUGGAACCGAUCCAAUCUUAAUACCAAAAUUCUGAGUAUCGACCGAUACAGAUCUGAUCCCGAUACUGUGCCAUUUUUUAUUUUAUUUUUUAUUAACAUAAUACAGUUUCUAUUAGAGGUAUGAGCUUGCACUGGUCUUACGGUUCGGUUAUCUGCACUGCACUGGUUCGAUUCGGUUACGAUUAUCGUGCCAUCGAUUUGGUUCAAUUCGAUAUUUCGGUGCAUCACGGUGAAUUGACGAAGCUUUCCAUACACAGUGUUCUAUUUUGAUGGGUGGCGAUAACAAGCUGUCUGUAUAAACACACACAUACACAUGGACACACAGCAUCACAUUGUCUCUCAUUCACACACAUACACAAACAUAGACAGCACCAAACAAACACGCACUCACACACACGCCACACGCCCACUCCUGUUAAAAUUACACCAUAGUUACAGACCGCUCCCGCGCUUUUAUUCGUAAAUUUAUUCCCGCGCCACAUGAAAUCUGGUCGAGUCCAGACCAGACAAUGCACAGGUUCAGCCGCGGGAAUGCAUUCAGCCGAGUGGAAAAGUCACGAAGGUGAAAUGGGCCACAGUGAGAGAGAGAGAGAAAUGGAGUACUUUCAUUCCCUCAAUCGCAGAGAAAUAGGGGCUUCUGCUGUAAGUGCCAGUGAAAGACUGUCCAGAAACACACACACAGUGAAUUUUUUAAGUAGUUGGCGCCUGUAGUGUUGUAAAUACCCGCGCUCUCCUCCCUCGCGAUAUAGCGCAUAUGAGAUAAAGGACGUCAGUACAUAAUAACCGGUUAUGAUUAUUACUGAACCGAUACCGAAUUGUCCGUGUCUGCAUCGCGGUGCACCGAAGAAACAAUUAAUAUUGACGCCCCUGGUUUCUAUAGUUCUGGUGAUAAACUCAAAUAUCUUCUUUAGUAAACAGACCUAUAGGCCUACUGUAUAUGACAGAUGGCACAAUCUAACUGAAAACAUGAUGCGUGCUAUAAACUAUAGGCUACAUUAUUUGAGCAUUCAUUAUGACAUUGAUUUGAUCAGUUGUGGUCCAGCUUAUAUCUCCGUUUUAAUAUUAAGAAUUUUCUUUGAAAUCUGUAAUAGGCUACCUUAAAUGUUGGUAAAAUAACCAGACUUUUAACAAAGCCCGAUAUUUUCCUGAAGGUUUGAAGACUAAACUAAACUGUCUGUGGCCAGUUUUACUUAAUAAACAUUCCCUCGAAUAAACUCGCCGCGAGUGAGACGGAGAAACUGAAAGCAUGUCUGAAAAAUUAUCUUUUUAAAACAAAUUUCGUUUGGUAUAAUUUGUUGGUUAUUUCUUUAUUUUUUAGGGGUUUUCACCUUUAUUUUGACAGGACAGUAGAGAGAAUUGACAGGAAAGUGUGGGGAGCAGAGAGAGGGGAAGGAUCGGCACAGGACCUCGAGGCGAGAAUCGAACUCGGGUCGCCGCAAACACCGGAGUGCAUGUGUCAGUGCAUGUUCCACUACACCAUAGGCACCGACAAUUUGUUGGUUAUUUUAAUGUAUUUUUGUUGGUCAGUUAUCAACAAAAUAAACAAGAAUAUUUGAGGUGAAGUUCAAAACAAGGUCCGCGUAUAGGCUUAUGCUUCAGCACACAAACUGACAAAAAAGAUCUGUUAAAUAAAAUAUUAAUAUAUAAAAUGACAGUGAAAUGUUCACAGUUUCAGAAUAGCCUAUAUUAGGCGGAAUAAUUUUUUGUUAAUGACUAUUCAUAUGCGCCAGUCAGUUUCACUUUAUUUAUUUAAUUAUAUUUAAUUUAAUUAGCUACUUUGACCACAAUGAGCCAGGCUUUACAAACUAUUAGCAGCACAUAUCAUAUUCAUCUCGAAAGAAUAAACUCAGUCGGAAGGAUGAGAGAACAGAAACUUAUUGUAAGAAUAAUCUUACAGAGCGGCGCAGGUCACAUCUGUGCAGCCGGUGCCUGAAUAAAGCGCUUGCAUCACUGAGACACAGCGAGCAGCCCUCCGCUAUACGGGCACUUCUAAAACAGCAGCACAAAGGGGAGAAAUCAGUGUGUUGAGGAACUGUCCAAUGUAUUAUUAAGCAUUUUCUCAUUUAAAGUUACAGGUAGGGCUACUUUGUGUGUGAAGAGCAGGUAAUAACCAUCUCUACUCCAGUGUUGUGAAUGCGAUCUGCUGGUCUAACAGACACAGCACAAUAUGAUUUAAAAACAGCAAUGAUCUCCAUGUUGCAGGUCAAAAUGAACCCAUUUAAUGCAAAGCUAAAUGCAAUUCUCCACUGAUUACUUCUAUUAACAGGAACAAAAUAGUCUUGGAGAUAGUGUUUCGUGUUGUCAUGAAUGCGACACGCAGUUUGAAUUGUGAAUGAAUGGAGAAUGAUUGACAGAUGCAGCGUCGGGAAGCUCCGAAGCGAACAUGAAUUUAUCCACUUGAAUAUUCAUUUGUACUUCACAUUAAGAUUUAAAAUGGCUUCAAAACAUUUGGGAUGUAGUAGGCCUACCUGACAACUUUCUAGUGCCUUAUAAUGGGCUACCUUUGUGGUUUUUGUUGGCUUAUAAAUUACACAGAAUAUAGCACAGGAUUUGGAUCAGUACCAGCUGGACGAUACCCAAUCCAGCAAAAAUAUGCGGUAUCGAACCGAUAUCCGAUCCAAGUAUCGGGAUCGGUGCAUCCCUAAUAGUGAGCUACCAAAUAAACCAGUCUUGCUGUAAAGCCAUCCAUGCAGAUGUAAUCAAUGCGUGGUACCACUCUGUAGCAUUUGUUUUACACAUAUAAUGCAGCCAUUAUGUACCCCGGGUCACAUAUUUCUCAGAAAUGUAUCCCUGGGCACGUUUUCCCAGUGAGCCUGUGUUAAAAAUCUCAUAAGAGGGCCAAUAAUUUUGUCUUCAAUUGUACUUCUAAUUACAUACUGUUUUUUCAUGCAGGUUUUAAGCCAUGUUCAGAAAUGGAAGGUCUUGAAAUGACUGUUGUUUCAGAUGGUGAUCUUGACUAAAACUUGGUCUACGCAUGUUCUCAACUGAGGUACAACAGAUUGUUCCAUUCGUCAUUUAAAGUCCAUGUGAAAUCAAAAUGUACAAAGUUUAUUUUGCUAGCGCACAUUUCAAGAGUUCCCACUUAGAUAUGCUUGGCGUAUAAAGCAGGUUUGGCAUGCUGUCCCGGGAGAGAACCCUGAGCUCGGAGAUAUUUGAACCCAGGGCUCCCGCCCGGUCGAAAAGCAUAUCAGGAGA